AUGGCUUCAAAUACUCAAAACGGCUCAGCCGAUCCCUCAACGGAGAUAUCAAAUCUCCCUGACGUCGUAGGGAUUAACUUUGGCAACUCUUUUGCAUCGAUCGCGGACGGACAAGCGGAAUGUAUCGCAAACGAAGAUGGAGAACGACAAAUAGCCUGCGCCCUAUCCUUCUUUGGUGAGGAAAUGUAUAUCGGAAGCCCAGCAAAAGCUCAAUUAGUGAAAAACUCCAAGAACACUAUCGUGGGCUUCCGCAAUCUUUUGGGCAAGAAAUUCUCUGAAAUUCCCCAAUCACAAUCGACAGCCUCUGCACCUAUAAUUCAACAUCCAGAAAUACCGGAUGAGCCCGCGUAUAAGGUCGAGAUCCUCCAACCUGCACCUGCACCAUUACCGAAAAGCACUACCGGCACCCCAGCAGCCUCGUCCGCCCCUACUCCUCGCUCGGAACCUAUUCCAGCUGAGCGUGUCCUCACCGUUUCCGAAGUAACUACGAUAUUCCUCAAAUCACUUCUCCAAUCUGCGGAAGACUUCCUUGGGAAAAGGGUUCAGGGUGCCGUUAUCACCGUGCCGUCAGUUUUCACUGAUGCCCAGAAACACGCUCUAGAAAAAGCCGCGAAGGAUGCGGGUAUCAUUGUGUAUCAGCUGUUAGAGGAGCCCGCAGCUGUUGCUGCAGUCACGACUGCUGAGGCAUGGGGUUCAAUGCUUCCUGCGGAUCGUACACAGCUAAUUGUAGAUGUCGGUUCUUCUUCCCUGUCAUUAUCUCUCUUGGCCUUGCGUGAAGGCCUAGCCCACAUCAUCGCCUCAACCUCCUCCACCUCUACAGGCGGCGAUGCCAUCGACUCCAAACUCAUCACUUUCUUUGCUAACGAAUUCACCAAAAAGACUAAAACUCCCUUGACUGUCUGCUCAGAAACCCCUAGUACAGGUGAUGCUCGUGCAGAAGCCAAACUCCGUCUCGCAAUUGAACACACAAAACGCACCAUCAGUGCCUCCCCCAACGCUGCUACGUGCUCUGUCGAGUCACUCAAAGACGGUGUGGAUUUUACCGGAAAUAUUAAUCGUAUGCGAUUUGACAUGCUUGUUCGCCCGAUCUAUGAUUCCGUUGCACGAGCUAUCGUCGAUCUACUCGCGGAAGCGAAAGUCGACCCACACCAGGUUGACGAGAUCGUGUACGUAGGCGGGACAACGUGUUUGCCGGGGCUCGACGAGCAUAUUGGUCUUGCAGGUGGAUUUAGUGAAGGAGUCAACACUCCGUUCAGUAUGGGCACUGUUAUCGGUGGGGGGAUCGGUGAUCCUACGACUGUUCUUGCCCGCGGAUGUGCGGUGCAAGCCGCUUUGAUCGCGUCCUUGUCUAGCGAAGGAGAAGAUGAAGAACUCCGGAAAGCAUUUGAACAUGGUUCGGAUCUGGUAGACGUGAAAACUACAUCGAAGACACUGGGUUUGGUGUUCCCGGACGACUCCGGAAACGAAACCGGUGGAACUUGGAUUCCUCUUGUUCUAGCUGAGACCACACUUCCUGCUAGACGAACAGCGACAUUCGAUAUUGGUCUUUCUGAAGAGUCGAAGAGAUUUGCGUUCGAGCUGUGGGAGGUAUCCGAGGGUAUUCGGGUAGAAAAAAUUUCGCCUGCCAAGGUGUCUCCGUCUGAUGCCGAGGAUGAGGACGAAGAGGAGGAUGAAGAAGAAAUCAAGCACAAGACGAUCACUAAAGAGACUUUGUUGGGUGCUGCCGAAGCAGAGGCUGUGUUAGGGAUCAAAGUAAAGGGACCAUCGAAGGAUGCUGGGAAGUGGACGACUACCGUCGAAGCAACACUUAUUGUUGCUGCAUCUGGUUCUGUGGAUGUAUCCGUGAAGGAGAUUGGCAAAGACGGUGUGGUGGCCACGGUGAAGGUAUCUGCGUAGUAAUGAGACGAGCCGAUUAUAUGGCUUCUCAACGCUGGGUUACAUACACCUUUGUGGGCGCGUUAGAGGUGCAUGUAUGUGGUGGACUCUACUCAAAAUUCCUCGAAUAGAUGCAAUAGAUCUUUCAGAAGGUCGUAUCAGGUUUUGAGAAACGGCAGCAUAUAUGUAUGAGAGUCGAGACCUUAUGAGACCUGCAUCGUAAAAACACCUCUGAGUCUGACGCAAGAACUUACAUUAUUACAUACACUCCUGCACAUCAAGAUUUCACGCUUGAUGAUGUAAAUAUUGGAUGGCUUUCCGACGCCCGUAAGGAUUGUUGGACAGUAUGUACAUUUUUCCUAACAUCCUGAUUCCUGUAAGUGAACUCGUCAGAUCAACCAA